GCGAUUCUAUUGCAGCUUACUACGGCCAUUGGCGCCCUGGUCGGUGCUUGCUUGAGUCUUUUAGCCGCUGGUGUUGGUCUCGAUUGGCUCAGUCCUGAAGUCGCCCUAUUUGCUCUUCGGUUCGCGAUUUCACCUGAAGCUGUUACCAGCACCAUAUUGCCGUUCACGGCCGGUGGCUUUCUUUACAUAUCACUUUCAGUAAUACUUCCAGACCUUCUGGCUGACACAUCAGAUCUCAGAACUAAUGAAGAUACGCAUUCUAAUAGAAUUCAUGCAGGCCAAACUGGAAUUUUAAACGCAUUUUUCCAUAGUAGCAUGGAAGUACUUGCUCUUUGUGGGGGCAUUGCCUUGACCUCCUUGGCCGAGUUCUUUCAUUAG